AACAUGUAUUCACGUUGAAAGCUGGAUUCAAUUAACAGCAUGAUACAUAGGUAUGUUUUGUCAGCAAUCAAAAAAAGGGAUGUUCAGAAGACCCUGGAAUUGAUCGAACAUCCGGGAUUUGACAUUAAUGGUUCAGUAAAUAAGGUCACCUCUCUCAUCCUAGCAUCCAAGCUAGGUCUUCAGUCAGUUGUGCAAAGAUUGGUCCAAAAAGGAGCUGAUCUCAAUACUGGAGAUCAUGAAGGUCGCACGGCCUUAGCUCAUGCUUGUGCCAGUGGCACUGCAAAUGUUGUUCGAUUACUUCUGCAGUCUGGAAGCAAAGUAAAUGUGGUAAACACUGAUGGUGAUGAAGCAAUUCACGAGUGUGUUAACAGUGGAAAUAUUGAAACGCUUUCUGUUUUGCUUGAUUAUGGUGUUGAUGUAGACCACUGCAAUCAUAUUGGCUACACACCUUUGAUGUUGGCUGUCUUGUCAUCAUAUGCAGAUGUAGUCACUUACCUGCUGCACAAAGGAGCUGAUGUCAAUAGGGUGACAUCUGAAGGCGAUAGUGCCCUCCACUUUGCUGCACAAGUAGCAUCAUUGGAUAUAAUAGCAACUCUUAUCUCAUCUGGCUGUCACUGCAACAAACGAAAUAAGAUGGGUGAGACUCCCAUUGCAGCUGCUGCUGCUGCAAAUAAAGUGAAUGUUGUGCAGUUCCUGGCAUUGUCAGGGUGUAAUAUUAACUCUCAUUGCUACAUAUCCCCUUUAGCCACUGCCUGCCAUAGCAAGCAUUACGACAUGGUGCGCUGCCUCCUUUCAGAGGGGUACAAUGUAAGUCGAGAUGACACUGUACAGCACAGCAUUUUCUGGAGCAUGGAGGAGGAAGAACCUGAACUUAUAGAAUAUGUUCGGUAUCGAGCAAGUCAUCCACUUUCACUCAAGCACAUCUGCCGGCUACAUGUCAGAUGUCUGCUGGGUAUUAGACUUUAUCAAGUGGCUAGCAAAUUGGAAAUUCCUCAAAUCCUCAAAGAUUUCCUAGUCACUAGUUCCAUAUUGUCAUGAACUAGAAGAUUGAAAGGUGCCCCUUUUCUUGAAAAAGAGCAAAUUUAAUAUUUAUACCACACUGCAUCACAGCCAAAAACAAGUUGCACUCUCUGGAUCGACCAACAAAUAAUAAGAAUACAGGAUAAUGGAAUAUAUAUAUAUGUAAAGACUCAAACCUUAGAAAAUGUGCUGCUGAGGUAAGUUAUCAGUAUUGUUGCUUUGUGACAAAACAGAACUUUAGAAAUGAGAAAACAAUUUAAGAAUCAAAAAGCCCAAAGACUCUGUGUUACAUUUGGUGAUUACUUCUAGCCAUUUAGGCAGUUCAUGAUGAAAUGAUGGUGAGUUUUGUUGCUGUAAAAAGUUUUGUCUACAUGCAGAUGCCUGCAGUAAACACAAAAAUUUGAAGUAGUGAAUUGAUGAAGUUCUUGCCUAAAUAUUUUUCCAUAGCUUCCCAAAACCUUCUAAGGUGGUAUUUUUGCUGCCUGAGAACAAGAACAUUAUUCAAAUUUAUUUAAUGAACAAUAAUACUGAUAUUUAUUAAACAGCUUUCAUGUGAUGUAUUUUUAUUAUUUCCUUGAAUAAGAUGGGUUCAUCUGUAGUGUAUACAAAAUUGGAUUUUCAUUUUGCUAGCAGUUGUUAUCAUUAUUGGCAUAUGUCUUCUUUUAACCUAUUUCAAAAGCAGCAGUAUUUCUUAUUUAAGUUCUUCGUUUUUCAGAAAAUUAUUUUGUUACCAGUGAUUUUUGCUGUUGAUAGUAUUUAUGUUUGGUUUCUUUGUAAUGGGCUUGAUGGGCCCGUGUUAGUGUCCACAUUCUGGUCAUUAAAUUGUUUUACAUUU